GUGAGCUGCAAACUCCGCCCCGAGGCCGGGCCGGUGGCCGGGCGCAGUGGGAUCGCGGAGACCGCACGAGUGAAGGCCGCGACCCGCCACUCGCGGCCCGGCCCCCGCCGCGGCGCCCCGCGAGGGCCGAACGCCUGGUUCCCCGCGGCAGGGAGUGUGAGUCGAGCGGAAACUGCCUGGCGGCGCGGCGGGGCAGAAGAGCGCGCCCGCCGGUACCGGCUCCUGAGUCGGUGCCUCCGCGUCCGGCCUGCUCGCCCGGCCUGCUGGGCUCCCCCUUCUUCCGGCUCCCCGCACUGCGAAGUUAGGGGGCGGCGCCCCUCCGGUUCCUGCUCCUCCGCUCACUUCCCCAUCCUGGCCCUGCAGGAGCGUCCCUCUGGGCAUCUUCUUGGGUGGUCUCCCUUUUCCCCCGAGGCUGCAGGAUGGUGUCCUGGAUGAUCUGUCGCCUGGUGGUCAAAGGUUAACGGACCUGUGGGCCUGCACGCGGCGUCCAGCACGGCUUGCUUGUCCCCCAACCCCCAAAGCCUCCUUGGCGGAUGGCGACCCCUCCCGCACUCACACACACACUGCAGACAGGCUGAUGUUUGGGAUGCUGUACCCAGCUUAUGCUUCGUACAAGGCUGUGAAGACCAAGAACAUUCGUGAAUAUGUCCGCUGGAUGAUGUACUGGAUAGUCUUUGCACUCUUCAUGGCGGCAGAGACCUUCACAGACAUCUUUAUUUCCUGGUUCCCUUUCUACUAUGAGAUCAAAAUGGCUUUUGUGCUGUGGCUGCUCUCGCCCUACACCAAGGGGGCCAGCCUGCUUUACCGCAAGUUUGUGCACCCGUCCUUGUCCCGCCAUGAGAAGGAGAUCGACACCUACAUCGUGCAGGCCAAGGAGCGCAGCUAUGAGACAGUGCUCAGCUUUGGAAAGCGGGGCCUCAACAUUGCUGCUUCGGCCGCUGUGCAGGCUGCCACCAAGGUGCCCUGGGUCCCAGCCCUCCAGCCCCGUGCUUUUUGGAGUCAGGGUGCGCUGGCUGGAAGGCUGCGGAGCUUCUCCAUGCAGGACCUGCGCUCCAUCCCCGACACUGCUGCCCCCACCUACCGGGAUCCCCUCUACCUGGAGGACCAGGUUCCCCGCUGCAGGCCACCUAUCGGGUACCGGGCAGUGGACCUCCAGGACAGUGACACGGAGGGUGAGUGUUGGUCGGAUACAGAGGUAGUCCCUCAGCCGUCAACCCGGCCCCACCGAGAGAAGCCUCUGAGCCGCAGCCAGAGCCUGCGUGUGAGCAAGAAGAAGCCGCUGGUUCGGGAGGGCACCUCACGCUCCCUAAAGGUCCGGACAAAGAAAAAGACCAUGCCCUCAGACGUGGACAGCUAGGGUCUGCAGAGCCCGGCCCUCGUGCCCUGCAGGGUGCUGAGGGCUAUUUGGAGGGGACCUCUGGCUGCAUGUCUGGCCUGUCUGCACCAGCUGCCCAGGCUCUGCCCUCCCAGCUCCUGCUGUUGGUUCAGGCCCAGAGGCAGGU